AUGGGCCCCAGCGCCAAGGGGAAGGAGAUGAUUGUGAUUGUCUCCGUCCUGGUCGGCCUUGCGUGCCUCAGUAUGGCUUUACGAUUUGCUGCCAGAGUCAAGCGGCGCACUGGUUUCGGAGUAGACGAUUGUCUUUGCUUCGUGGCUGUCAUAUUGAUGCUGGGGAUGUUGAUUGAGCUGAUUCUGUGGUGUUUCAUUGGUGGGAAUGGCUACCAUUUAUCUGAUCUCGAUACUAGGGCCAUUACACUGUUCUAUAAAAUAUUCCUGUCUAGCCAAUUCACCUAUUUCGUCUUGACCCCGGUAAUCAAGAUUUCCUUCAUCUGUUUCUACCGCCGCCUCUUCACUACUAAACGCUUCCUUCGCUUCACCUUCUGCCUGAAUAUCCUCAUUACCGCAUGGUCUUCGGGUAUCUUCAUGGCCUGUGCAUUGCAAUGCCGCCCGCUUCGCGCCUACUGGGAUAUAAAUGUCCAGGGACACUGCUUCAGCGCGACCACUUUCAUCAUUGUCAAUCAGGCUUUCAACGUGGUCAUGGACUUUGUCAUCCUCGCAGUCCCGAUACCUAUGAUUUGGAGACUGCAUCGCUCCUGGCAGGAUAAGCUGGCUUUGAACGCCGUUUUCGCGCUAGGUGGAUUGUGA